GCUGAUUGGCGGAAGUGCGGAGUCGGAAGUUACGCAGUCGGUCUGCGACAACUCGGUGCGCCGCUCAGUCGUUACGGGCGUGCUUGGUGCUGUCAUGGCUUCCAGUGGAGUGACGGUGAGUGCUGCCGGCUCGGCCAAUGAGGCCUCCGAGGUUCCAGACAACGUGGGAGACUGGCUCCGCGGCGUUUACCGCUUCGCCACCGAUCGGAACGACUUCCGGAGGAACUUGAUCCUCAAUUUGGGACUCUUUGCUGCAGGUGUUUGGCUGGCCAGAAACUUGAGUGACAUUGAUUUGAUGGCACCUCAGCCAGGGGUGUAGCCAGAUGUUGCACUGGGAUGCAGCUGACAGCGCUCUGCCUUGACUGAACUGCACUCAUCUGCAGCAGAACUCUCCUUAAGCACCACAUCCCUAACUCACGCUGCUGCUUCUGGUGCUGAAGUGUCCUCUGGGGUUGCAGUGGCACCUUCAUGACGGUGGCUCAGUGGAGACAGUUGGUUUCAGUUCCAACUAAGUGAUUUUACUAAUCUCAUUAUGUGCGUGUUCAGGUCAGUUAAGCAUUUGUUUUAUAAAGUCCCUAAUCUGCUUACCAGCCCUGCUGAUAGCUGCUAUAAAACUAUUUUUAAAAAUUGA